AUGUUAGGCCCAAGUAUAGCACCCACAGCAGUGGUCCUAGAGUGUACAGCACCCACAGCAGUGGUCCUAGAGUGUACAGCACCCACAGCAGUGGUCCUAGAGUGUACAGCACCCACACCAGUGGUCCUAGAGUGUACAGCACCCACACCAGUGGUCCUAGAGUGUACAGCACCCACAGCAGUGGUCCUAGAGUGUAUAACACCCACAGCAGUGGUCCUAGAGUGUACAGCACCCACAGCAGUGGUCCUAGAGUGUACAGCACCCACAGCAGUGGUCCUAGAGUGUACAGCACCCACAGCAGUGGUCCUAGAGUGUACAACACCCACAGCAGUGGUCCUAGAGUGUACAACACCCACAGCAGUGGUCCUAGAGUGUACAGCACCCACAGCAGUGGUCCUAGAGUGUACAGCACCCACAGCAGUGGUCCUAGAGUGUACAGCACCCACAGCAGUGGUCCUAGAGUGUACAGCACCCACAGCAGUGGUCCUAGAGUGUACAGCACCCACAGCAGUGGUCCUAGAGUGUACAGCACCCACAGCAGUGGUCCUAGAGUGUACAGCACCCACAGCAGUGGUCCUAGAGUGUACAACACCCACAGCAGUGGUCCUAGAGUGUACAGCACCCACAGCAGUGGUCCUAGAGUGUACAGCACCCACAGCAGUGGUCCUAGAGUGUACAGCACCCACAGCAGUGGUUCUAGAGUGUACAACACCCACAGCAGUGGUCCUAGAGUGUACAGCACCCACAGCAGUGGUCCUAGAGUGUACAGCACCCACAGCAGUGGUCCUAGAGUGUACAGCACCCACAGCAGUGGUCCUCGAGUGUACAGCACCCACAGCAGUGGUCCUAGAGUGUACAGCACCCACAGCAGUGGUCCUAGAGUGUGUGGCCGGCACUGCGGUACGCAAAACUCUCCAACAAUGUUCAGGACAAACUGAGGAACAGCGCAACACAUAUUAA